AUGCCCCUGUGUGGCCACCAUCGCGCUAUUGGCAAAUCUGAACAGGUUGUCAAUGAUCUAACUACAUUUCUCAGCAGGUAUGGCUUGAAUGACAUGGAUGAUCUCCUUUUUGAGGUCUGCCGUUGUCCUGAGGUGAUAACACCAUUCCGUAACUUAGUCUUAUGCUCAGAUACACGUCGUGAAAUGGAGGAUUGGAUCUCUGCUCUCAAAUCAGCCGUUAAUAAGGAAUUUUACGAGGCAAACGCUCACAGAGACAUGUUGUCAGGGCAACAUAAUUGGUAUGCAUGUUCUCACGCCAGACCCACAUAUUGUAAUGUAUGCAGAGAGGCCCUAUCCGGGGUUACAUCACAUGGCUUAUCAUGCGAAGUGUGUAAGUUUAAAGCUCAUAAACGUUGUGCUAUUAGAGCAGGGAAUUUUUGUAAGUGGACCACACUCGCUUCAGUUGGAGUUGAUAUUAUAGAAGAAGAGGGGACAUUGAGUAUGCCUCAUCAGUGGCUGGAGGGAAAUCUACCUGUCAGUGCAAAAUGCAGUGUCUGCGACAAAACUUGUGGUUCAGUUCUCCGCCACCAGGACUGGAAAUGUCUCUGGUGUAAAGCUAUGGCACACUCACAAUGCAAGGAACUCUUCAGUAAAAAGUGCCCCCUCGGACAAUGCAAAGUAUCUAUACUGCCACCUAUAUGUGUGAAUAACACUGACUGCGAUGGCUAUUUUGAAGCGUCAAAAAAUACUCGUCAUAGCCCCCUAUUGGUGUUUGUAAACUCUAAAAGUGGAGAUAAUCAGGGAGUCAAAAUGUUACGGAAGUUUAAGCAGAUCUUGAACCCAGCACAAGUGUUUGACUUGAUAAACGGCGGUCCUAAGGCAGGGUUGAGACUAUUUCAAAGAUUUGAUCAAUUCAGAAUCUUAGUGUGCGGAGGAGAUGGUUCAAUAGGAUGGGUCUUAUCAGAAAUAGACAAAGCAGGCAUGCAUAAUAAGUGUCAGGUUGGUUUACUACCUCUGGGGACGGGGAAUGACCUCGCAAGGGUACUAGGGUGGGGCGCCGCUUUUGAUGAUGACACUCAAAUCCCUACAGUACUUGAAAAACUAGAACACGCACAAAUCAAAAUGUUGGACAGAUGGAGCAUCAUGUCCUAUGAGGGUCCAAAACUGGCUGGUCCACGGAAGAUUUCUCAACAGUUUGAUGAUCCAAUCACAAUGUAUGAGGAUUCGGUCGGUGCUCACUUAACCAAAAUCCUCCAAUCAGAUGACAGUGCCACUGUGAUAUCUUCAGCGAAGGUUUUAUGCGAGACUAUAAAAAGUUUUGUAGAAAAAGUUGCAUUAAAUAAGAAUGAGGAAGAUACAGAAGAUGAGGGGGAUGAGACUAUAUCAGAAAAAUGCGCAGUGUUAAAUCAGAAAUUGAGCAUGUUGCUGCAGACAUUAGAUGCAGAAUCAGAAAUUGCCUCUGUGGCUAAACAGUUAGCUGCUGAAGUAUCCAGUAAACGACACAAAGAGGAGGAAAAUCAUGAAUUACAGCUAGAAACUUUACAAAAUAUUCCUCAUGUGCAAAUAAUAAUCCCUGAUAUUACCCAUGAAUCUCAUGAUGAUGCAGUAUUACCUAUAGAGCCAGUUGCAAUCACAUCUACCACAUCUACUUCCUUGCAAGUAGAUGACACUCAGUCUAGUCUCCUUAUUGAAGUGCCUUCUUCAAUGGAAAAUUCCGUUGAAGUGGAUAUGGAAAAUUCCUCUGGAGUGGAAAAUUCCCAAGGAGUGGAAAGUUCCACUGAAGCGGAAAGUUCCAUUGAAGUGGAAAAAUCCCAUGAAGUGGAAAUUUCCACAGAAAAUGAUAAAACAGACUUCACAGACAUUGACAAUGAAUACUCUACCCAUGACAACACACUUACUGGAAAAGAAAACAGAAAUUGUGAAGAAAAGGAAAAAGACGAGGGAGUGAGCUUUGAUCUCGAGGAAGUUGAAAAUGACAAUAUGGGACCAUGUCCUUCAAAAUCAAAAUCGGCAAGGAAUUUCCACUCCAGAGAAAAGUUGAUGUCUCGAGCUAAUAGCUUGAAAAAAGCUGUACGCCAUAUCAUUGAACACACAGAAAAGGCUGUUGAUGACCAAAAUGAGCAAACUCAGCAGAUGCAACAACUGGGAGAUCUUAUGGUGCCUAGCAAAUCUCCAACAUUGUCAAGGCGACCACCGGUGUCAUCGAGUUCAACCAAGAACUACCUUACUGUUCCUGGUGCUUGUCCUGGGUCCACAUCCCCCGGUUUCCCACGUUCCCCUCGACUCAAGAAGGGUGGCAGCAGUGGUAUAGGUGCCAGUGGAGGAGGGGGUGGGUUUAUAAGUAAAGUCCUGCUAGCAAAUGCAGACGCCCUCUGUGCUGCGGCUUCUCCACUUAUAGAAGAUGAGGUGGCUUUGGACGACUACCAAGAAAAGUGCGUCAUGAACAAUUAUUUUGGUAUUGGGCUUGACGCAAAAAUUACUUUGGAAUUCCACUACAAAAGGGAAGAACAUCCUGAGAAGUGCCGUAGUCGAACUAGGAACAUCAUGUGGUAUGGUGUUUUAGGCGGAAAAGAGAUCCUACAGAGAACAUAUAAGAACUUAGAACAGAAAGUUAUUUUAGAGUGUGAUGGUCAGAGGAUUCCUUUACCAAAUCUCCAGGGUCUAGUCGUUCUUAACAUUCCAAGCUAUAUGGGAGGCACGAAUUUCUGGGGUGGAAAAAAGGAGGAUGAACAUUUCACAGCGCCAUCUUUUGAUGACAAAAUCCUGGAAGUAGUUGCCGUAUUUGGUAGUGUUCAGAUGGCGAUGUCACGGGUUAUCAAUAUACAGCAUCAUAGGAUAGCACAGUGUCGGUCUGUGACAAUAACGAUCAUAGGAGAUGAAGGUGUUCCAGUGCAGGUUGAUGGAGAGGCCUGGGUGCAACCCCCUGGAUUCAUCAAGAUUGUACAUAAGAACCGAGCACAGAUGCUAACAAGGGAUCGGAGUUUUGAGGAACAACUUCGUCUUUGGUCUGAGAAGCAGAAGUUUGAGCGGCCGACGUCCCUGCAGUUACAGACUUUAUCAGAUAAUGAGGCUGAAAUAUUACAGAGUUUUGUUGAGGCUACUACUACCCUCAUUACAAGUGUAAAGGUUGCGUCGAUUAGUCACAGUGCCGUUGAUAAUGAGCUGUCCCAUCUUGCUUCUGAGACCUCUGGAUAUCUAGAAAAGCUUUAUCCAAGCGGUAGAUUAGCUGAGAACACAUUAAGAAGCCAAGUGGCAGAUCUAGUACAGAGUGUUAGAGUCCUCUGUUCAGAAACUCACACAUUCCUUGAACAGAAAGCAAGUAAUCUUCAUUUGAGGGCAGAUCUGGAGCAGAAACUACGGGAAUCAUUACCCAUAAUUCAACGUGAACUUGUACGGGUCACUGACAUCACCACCAAUAUUCAGUCACUCCCUCUUGAGGAAGAAGUUGGCACUACUGAGCAUAAAAAGAGAAGCAAAUUCAACUUGAUGCAUAAGUUACGUCGGAAAGAUAAAGAUUCCAAAGAUAGAGGAUUUUUGUCUCAGAUAGGUAUCCCAGUGACUGAGUGGGGUGUAGAGGAGGUUGGCAUGUGGCUAGAAGCUCUUGGACUCACAGAGUAUAAAGAAGCAUUCCAACAGGAUGACAUAAGAGGGGCAGAGCUUUUGCAGCUUGAGAGGCGGGACCUCAAGGAGCUUGGUGUCACAAAGGUUGGGCAUCUUAAGCGAAUCCAACAGGGUAUCAAAGACAUUACACAUACUCUUAAGUCACAUGGAGAUAGGGUUGUCACGGAGAAGAUUGUCACAGAAAGAACUACCAUUGAAAAGAGUACUGUUUUAUGACAACUACAGACGCAUUGCAGUCCCGAAGAGAAUAGUCAUGACACAUCACAAAGAAGUUAUUCGAGGAAUAUAAAUCAUUCAGGUGCGGAGAUGUCUCAUAAAUCAGGUGUGCAGUUUUCAAAUUCAACUGGUACUUCUGAUAGCAGUCUCGAGGUGAAUGGUGGUGACACACCACAUGAAAGUUUUACAUUUUUGUAUUCUAAUGUCUCUAAGUCACAUGAUAUUCUAUAUUAGAUAUUCUGCACAUGUAUUUAUACUCAAGGGACUGAACCGUUUUGUGGUGCACCAUACCAAACAUAGUAAUAGAUUUUACAUAUCUUGUACAAUAUUAAACAGUGUUGUUAUCCCAUUCCAAUAUAUACAGUACUGUAAUAAUAUUUCUGUUAGGAUGUUAAUAAUAAUCGGAGUGAUGUGUUCUCAGUAGGUGUGAUAUUUAAUAUUUUCACACUGUUAAAGGAAUAGCAAAGGGUUGAGUGUGUGAAUUGUCGGAAGCAAUAUUUACAAAAUCCUCCCAAAAAGAGUCUAUAUUAUUGUUGCAAUCCUCAUUUUGAUAUCUAACAAAAAUUUGAAGAGAUCAUUAACGAAAAUUUUAAAGGUGCAGAAAUAU